GAGAGAGAGAGAGAGAGAGCAGACUGAAGCUGAGCAGUGAGCGGGUUGAGCAGCAGGACUACUUCUGUCAGAGCUGCAGGACGUUCCAGUCUCAAGUGCCACUGAGAGCAUAGAGUAUGCAGGAGGAGCUGGUUGUCCCAGAAGAAAGAAGACAAGAGGCAGGAUCUGUCCUCUGAGUCUCGUUUGUGAGGACAACCUUUUCUGACUCCAGGAUGAUCUAUCACCUUCCAAACCAACACAGAGCCUAAAGCUGCUCCAUCUGGCUCGGUUGAAAUAAAUCUUUCGUCCGAAAGAGGAAUAAAGAAGAAGAAGGAGAAGAAGAGGGGGAGGAAGAGUCAGUCUAUCAACAAAACACGAGAACAAUCAGAAAAGUCAGAAUUGGCGCCUUUGGGGACUGUUGGAUAUAUUGUACCCUCUGAAAACCAGAAGAAAAAGUGACGCGAGAAAAGAAGGAAAAGGGUUUCAUUGUCAGAACAAUCACAAGAGGAUGUUGGUUUCUGUUGCAUCCAGAUAAGAGCAGAAGAAGAUAAUAUAUAAAGAAAAAUCUAGAAAGACAGAAAUCCAAACCACAAGUGUGAUUUUGUUCUUUUUUUCAAAUCCAGAAAAAUAAGGAGGAUCAAAGCAAAAAGAGAAGAAACAGAAGAGGAAGAAGUUUUUCUGUCAUCUUAUUAACGAUUAAAGAUGUUGUAGACCAACAUUUGUGUGAACUCUCGGAAGUUUGGAAAAAUCGGAAGAAAAAAGAAAGACGGAAUAUCAACCUGUCCGCUGAAAACAAAUGAAGGAAAACAUUUUUUUUAGUCGGAAACUUUCAAUAAAUUAUUCUGAAAGAGAAGAACAAAAGCAAUCUGAAUUUGCAGCUUGGUGAAGAUAUAGCAGGAAAAGUUCGAGGACCAACUAACAAAGUCAAAGGAAGCUACAGCGACACAGAAGUAAAGAGUCAUAAGUGACGAAGUAAAAAUACAGAGGAAUAAAGGGAAAAGAGUAACGGAGAAAAGAAAAAUAUCUCGGAAAAGAGAGGAAAAAGAGAGGGUUUAAAGGGGACACCGAGAACAAAAGGAAUAAUCAAGAGGGAAAAGGAUAAACCAAGAGGAAAAGGAAGAGGAAAGAGCGAAACAAGGACAAAUCAAAAGAAUAAAACAAAACUAAAGAACAAAAUUAGUAACAAAAAAGGGAGGACUAAAAGAAAAAGUACUCCAGUUUAAACAAUCAGAAGGGUGUGACAAUGAGGCUCCUGGUGCUUCUCGCAGCUCCUCUCUCCAUCCUCGUCCUCCACGUUGCAGCGGUGGCCCCGGCAGGCGGCGUGGCCCCGGGCCGGCUGGAGCGCUGGGUCCGCUCAGGCCUCCAGUCGCUGCAGAGGGACCAGCUGGACCGGUGCCUCCGCAUGUCCUCCCUCUCCGAGACCGAGUGCAGGCGCCUCGCCCACCUGCCACUGUCUGCCGUGGCUGUUUACGUAUCGGAGCCACGCACAGCUGCAGGUAACUCACACAAAGUUCUGGCCAUCCUGCCGGACUCCUCGGGUGGCUCCGUGAGCUCCAAACCACGGGGAGGUUUCGGUGUCGGCCAGGUGCUGAAUGGAGGUCACCACAGACAGCAGCAGUCUUUCCCCGGCUCCACGGCCCAUGAUGCCGUGCUGGUGCUGGAUCCGAGCCCCGGGGAGAACUUUGGACACCCGGUGGUCCUCUUCUAUGUGGAUGUGAAUGUGACGAAGAAGAGAUGCACCCACCUGGAUGGCAUUUACCUGGGCGAGGAGUGUCUGACUCUGGCUUUGAAGGGUCGUUGUCAGAACCAGCUAAAGCGUCGCCAAGCCGGGCCAGAGAGGCUGGGUAAUGGACAUGGUCGGCUGGCCGGUGGGCCGCUGCGCGGUAGUACCAUUACCACUAGUGGUGGAAGCCUUCUGGUGGAGCGGGCCGUUGGAGGGCUCUGUGAAGUCCACUUCCUUCCACUGGUGGUCGGAGUCAGAGACAGCAACCGAACGCAGAGACUCAGAUGUGUUGACCAUGCAGAGUUUGCGAGAUGCCCUCAGCCACUGCCGAUGGGCUCGCCCAGUUUGCCCGUCUCAAGCUGUGAGCUCAAUAAAAACACCAGACGCUGCCACCAACAGCCGCUGGCCACUCACCUCUCCUGCCGACUCUACCAGACCUGUGAUCACGCUGUGCUCAUCUCAGGCGGCUGGCAGCAGCAGAUGACGUUCCAGCGUCAUGUUGAGAACCUUCAGAGGUUCUACAGAAUGCUGCAGAACAACGGCUUCCACAAAGAACACAUCAAGACCUUCUUCGCCAGCAGUGGGCAGCUUCCUGACGAUGUCGAGGGUGUGUACUCUGCAACGGAGAAAGCGAUGAUUCGUAACCACGUGUCGUACGUCUGCAGGAAGCAGCACUGUGCCGACACGUUGGUUCUCUACCUGAACUCGCCAACGCGCAACGACGGCGCCAUGCUGCUGUGGGACGCCAACCUCAACGGCAUCGCUGACCUGAAGGAGCGAUACUCCGUCAACGAGCUGCUGGCCGACCUGGCCGGCUGCAGGGCGACGCGCGUGUUGCUGUUUGUGGAUCAGAGCUACAGCGGCGUUCUGUCCAAGAGGCUGCGAGGGUCCCAGAAACACCUCAACGUGGUUCUGAUCCAGAGCCAGACUCGGCAGACCCACAGCCACCAGAGGUUGAACCCUGGCUGGGAGGAGAGCAGCUGGUCCUCCAUCAGCCCUGCGAGCUGCCUGCUGGACCACCUGGGGAAGAACACUGGGACGUCUCGCCUCCUGGAGCCGUGGGCCGGCCUUUUAAACGUGACGCUGGCCGGCGCCCCCUGCAACGCCACGCCGCCUCUGACGGAUGGCGAGAUGCGGCGAGAGUACCAGGGCUGCCAGAACCUGCCGACCGCCCUCUGGCACCAGAAACACAGGAGGACCAACUGAGAGAGAGAGACACUGAGACCGACUGGGAGAGAGAGAGAGUGGGAAACAAAUUCAUUAUGGACACACACAC